AUGUCGGUCUUUUUCGCUGUAAACUCCUUAACCACAGCUGAAAUAUUUCAAUAUACUUUACAAACUCAUCUUCAAGGACUAUGCGGUGUCAAGUAUAUUGCGAAUGACAUUCUUGUGUACGGUAAAACGCGAGACAAACACGAUACAAAUCACGAGAAAUGUCUACAGCGACUUUCUACCAAAGGUUUACGUCUAAACCAAUCGGAGUGCACGUUCCUCAGCAACACCCUGUCAUUCUUUGGUCAAAUAUUCUCAGCUAAUGGCACCAAACCUAACCCUCAACGCGUCAGCAGCCUGCAAAAUGCCCCCACCCUAACGAAUGUACAUGAUGUACGCAGUUUACUGGGCAUUCCACUACGCGACUUGACAAAGAAAAAUACCGAAUUUGAGUGGACGAAAGAGCAUCAAAAAGCGUUUGAUGAUCUGACAGCAGCCCUGUCUUCUGCAAAAUUCAUGGCAUACUUUGACACACAGAAAGCGACAUACGUAACAGUCGAUGCCAGUCCAAUAGGGGUCUCUGCCAUUCUUUCCCAAAAAUCAACGGAACAAAAUGAUGAAAAAGUUGUAGC